CCUUCCCAGACUGACCUGACCUGGACUCUCACCAUGCAAAACAGCACCACUGAAAUUCCUCACGCGGCUGAGACGCGUAACGAGACGUGGCCCAGCCAGUCGCUGAGCUCCGAGUUCUCCCUGGCUGUGUUGGUGCUGCUGGCUUUCCUCAUGGUGUUGCUGUGUCUGGUGACCAUCCUUGGCAACAUGCUGGUGAUUCUUGCUUUCAUUAUGGACAGGAACCUCAGGCAUCGCAGUAACUAUUUCUUUCUGAAUCUUGCUGUUUCUGACUUUGCAGUGGGUGUGUUCUGUAUGCCGUUGUACAUCCCUUACGCCCUGACAGGGACAUGGCACUUGGGAAGGAGCCUGUGCAAGCUCUGGCUGGUCAUGGACUAUCUUGUGUGCGCAGCUUCAGUGUUUAACAUCGUCCUUAUCAGCUAUGACCGGUUCCUGUCAGUUACAAAAGCUGUAUCUUACAGAGCCCAGCAGGGAAUAAUGUCCAGCUCUGCCAUCAAGAUGGUGGCCAUCUGGGUCUUAGCAUUACUCCUGUACUGCCCAGCCAUCCUGUUUUGGGAGCACGUGGCCGGACACAGCGUGGUACCGGUGGAUCAGUGCUACGCCGAGUUCUUCCACAACUGGUACUUCCUCCUGUGUGCAUCCACACUGGAGUUCUUUGUGCCCCUGCUCCUGGUGACCUACUUCAACGCGCACAUCUUCCACAACAUCCAGCGGCGCCAGCGGCGCGGAAGCGUGCAGGACUGUGAGCCUCCCAGGAGCAGCAGCCUGUCCUGGAGGUUCUGUGGCUUGCCAAGGCCAGGGGCAUCAUCUCCUUCAUCAGAAGCAGAGGAAAGUGUUUCAUCACUAACAAGAUCAUGGAGACCAGCAGUGGUGGCUAAUGGUCCAUCUCGGACAGAAACCAGUUCUAUGGCCCUCAAAAGGAACUUUUCUGCUUCUUUCUCUUCAAAGUCUGGAUCAAAACUGCAACGGGACAAGAAAAUAGCGAAGUCUCUUGCCAUAAUUGUCUGUGUGUUUGCCAUUUGCUGGGCCCCAUACUCUUUGUUAAUGAUUAUCCGUGGGGUCUGCCAAAGAAAGUGCAUCCCUAAGUCCCUCUAUGAAGCAACCUUUUGGCUUUUGUGGAUCAAUUCCUCUUUGAACCCAUUUCUUUACCCUCUCUGCCAUAUGAGGUUUCGAAUGGCUUUUCUGAAGAUAUUAUGUCCCAAAAAUUUUGCAGCAUUGAGAUCUGGUAACACACCUUCUAUUUAG